GUUAGCAACUUAGUCCAAAAUGGCGACUGGCCGUCGUCCUAUUCUCCCAAAUGAGCCUUCUUCUCCAUCUUCAAAUGACGUUGGAAGAGAAUUAUUUGAAGCUUGUAGGAAUGGUGACUUAAGCAAAGUUAAGAAAUUAGUCAAUUCUCACAACGUUAACUCCAAGGAUACCGCUGGAAGGAAAUCUACACCUCUUCAUUUCGCUGCUGGCUUUGGGAGGAAGGACGUUGUAGAGCACCUGCUGGACUGUGGUGCUAAUGUCCAUGCAAAGGACGAUGGGGGUCUCAUCCCGCUGCACAACGCCUGCUCUUUCGGCCAUGCGGAAGUGGUGCAGUUGCUGCUGAGACAAGGGGCGGACCCCAAUGCCCGAGACAACUGGAACUACACUCCUCUCCAUGAGGUGGCCAUUAAGGGAAAGCUGGAUGUCUGUAUUGUUUUAUUACAACAUGGAGCUGACCCAAAUAUCCGAAAUACUGAUGGGAAAACAGCUCUCGACCUCUCCGACCCCACAGCUAAGGCAGUUCUUACAGGGGAAUACAAGAAAGAUGAGCUCCUGGAGGCGGCACGGAGCGGCAACGAGGAGAAGCUCAUGUCACUGCUAACUCCUCUCAAUGUCAACUGUCAUGCCAGUGAUGGCAGGAAGUCCACUCCACUCCAUCUAGCAGCAGGCUACAAUCGAACCAGGAUAGUGCAGCUGCUGCUGCAGCAUGGAGCUGAUGUGCAUGCCAAAGACAAGGGUGGCCUUGUCCCCUUGCACAAUGCCUGCUCCUAUGGUCAUUUUGAGGUCACAGAGAUGCUAUUGAAGGCUGGUGCCAGUGUUAAUGCCAUGGACCUAUGGCAGUUCACUCCACUCCAUGAAGCAGCAUCCAAGUCACGUGUAGAAGUGUGCUCGCUUCUCCUGUCUCACGGAGCAGAUCCAACCCUCGUCAACUGUCAUUCCAAGAGUGCGUUGGACGUCGCCCCCACCCGUGAGCUGCAGGAGAGACUACAGUUUGAAUACAAGGGCCAUUCACUACUGGAGGGAGCAAGACAGUCAGAUUUGGCAAGGGUGAAGAAAUAUUUGACCAUGGAUGUCGUCAACUUCAAGCAUCCUUACACAGGGGAUUCAGCUCUGCACUGUGCGGCAGCCUCACCAUUCCCGAAGAGGAAACAGGUGGUGGAGCAGCUCAUUAGGAAGGGAGCUAACCUCAACGAUAAAAACAAAGACUACUUGACACCACUACAUAUUGCUGGAGAUAAGGCCCAUUAUGAUGUGAUGGAUGUCCUCCUCAAACAUGGAGCCAAGGUGAAUGCAUUAGACGGCCAUGGCCAGACAGCGCUGCACCGGGUGGGGCAACAGGGUAACAUGCAGGCGUGUAGACUGCUGAUGUCAUAUGGCAUUGACCCCAGUAUAGUGUCACUCCAGGGCUACACGGCCGCCCAGCUCGCCACAGAAAACAUCCAGAGACUACUCAUUGAGGACCCACCUGUCGGAGGAACGGACAUUGACUACCAGUUACUGGAGGCAGCAAAGGCUGGGGAUAUGGAAAUGGUUAAGAAGCUUGUGGCCACCAACCCCCAUGCUGUUAACUGUCGUGAUGUUGAUGGCCGCCACUCGACGCCGCUGCACUUUGCCGCAGGCUACAACCGUGUCAGUGUUGUGGAGUACCUGCUACAGCAAGGAGCUGACGUACACGCCAAGGACAAGGGAGGACUUGUGCCUCUACACAACGCAUGCUCCUAUGGCCACUUUGAAGUCACAGAGUUACUCAUCAAGCAUGGAGCAUGUGUAAAUGUUGCAGACCUGUGGAAGUUCACGCCCUUACAUGAAGCUGCUUCAAAAGGCAAAUUUGAAAUCUGCAAGUUGCUUUUGAAGCAUGGAGCUGACCCUAACAAGAAGAACCGAGAUGGACAUACUCCACUGGACCUUGUGAAGGAAGGGGACCAGGAUGUGGCAGAUCUUCUCCGAGGCGAUGCUGCAUUGCUGGAAGCUGCAAAGAAGGGGAACCUUGCCAGAGUACAGAAACUUGCAUCCCAGGAAAAUAUCAACUGUCGGGACACACAGGGCAGAAAUUCCACACCUUUACAUCUUGCAGCUGGCUACAACAACGUAGAAGUUGCAGAGUUCCUACUGGAGAAUGGAGCUGAUGUGAACGCCCAGGACAAAGGUGGACUCAUACCUCUCCACAAUGCAUCUUCUUAUGGGCAUGUAGAAAUAGCUGCUCUACUAAUCAAAUUCAACACCUGUGUUAAUGCUCAAGACAGAUGGGGAUUUACACCUCUCCAUGAAGCUGCACAGAAAGGACGGACUCAGCUCUGUUCCCUGCUGCUUGCCCAUGGAGCAGAUCCCACCAUGAAGAACCAGGAAGGCCAGUCACCUCUGGAUCUUGCAACGGCGGACGAUGUGCGAGCCCUCCUCCAGGAUGCCAUGCCACCAGUGCAGAUGCCGCCAAGUGUCCCCAAGGCCCAGGUCGGGGGAGGAAGCAGUAGUGGAGGCAACCUCACCAGCAGCAGUUCCUCCUCCAGCAACAGUCUUCUCAACAGCAGCUCGGAUGGGUUUGCUGGUGCCGUGGGAGGCAGUCCGCAGGUUGGCGACGGAUGUAACAUGGAGAGGUCUAUUGGAGAAGGCGAGAGAAGCAUCGAAGCUGUUAGUGUCAUGGCAUUCCUGGGAUCAAUUGGACUCGAGCAGCUCCGAGAUAUUUUUGAAAAGGAACAAAUUACAAUGGACAUUUUGGUUGAAAUGGGACAUGAAGAGUUGAAAGACAUUGGCAUUAACGCUUAUGGUCACAGGCACAAAAUACUUAAGGGUGUGGAGAAGCUCAUCUCUACCAAAGGUGCGGCCGUAGUAUCAGGAGUGUCCAGCUCAGGAACUGUCCUCAUAGACCUCACCCCUGAUGACCCGGAAUACAUCUCUGUGGAGGAACAGAUGCAGAGCACUAUUCGAGACCACAAGGACAGCGUGGGAGGUAUCUUCAAUAAAUAUAACAUUCUGAAGAUCCAGAAAGUUCGUAACAAGCGACUGUGGGAGCGAUACUGUCACCGUCGCAAGGAGGUGGGGGAAGAGAACCAUGGACACCCUAACGAGAGGCUGCUGUUCCAUGGGUCUCCUUUCACAAACUCCAUAGUCCAUAAGGGUUUUGAUGAACGACACGCUUACAUUGGAGGCAUGUUUGGUGCUGGUAUUUAUUUUGCUGAAAAUUCCUCCAAGAGCAACCAGUAUGUGUAUGGUAUCGGUGGCGGCACAGGGUGCCCUGUACAUAAAGAUAGGUCCUGUUAUAUAUGUAAUAGGCAGUUGUUGUUAUGUCGAGUGACGCUAGGCAAGUCUUUCCUCCAGUUCAGUGCGAUGAAGAUGGCACAUGCACCCCCAGGACACCAUUCUGUGAUAGGUCGACCCAGUACAGGCGGACUCUCGUUCGCAGAGUAUGUCGUAUACAGAGGGGAACAGGCAUACCCAGAGUAUCUCAUCUCAUUUCAAAUAGUCAAACCAGAGCCUGAAACCAAGAAGUCAUGAUGGCCCAGCAAGACACCUGCUGUUGUAUAAAUUGUACAUAGGACAUUGUUAUUAUUGUACCACUGAAAUGUGGAAAUUGUGUGAUUGCCUGACUGUGACCGUGGAUGAGUUACCUCCCUUUAUAUGAUACGCUUGUAAUGCAUAGUGAGCUGUCGUGGUCGUCAUUCAGCUGGAACUUUAUUCAAAUGAAUUUCCGAUUUUGUUACAUGGAAAAUUUGUGGAUGUGGAUGCUUUUUAUGUUAUCUUGUGGAUAUUUGUGUUAAUAUUAGUUAAAAGUCGGCGUCAAAGAAUGUGAGAGUCAAGUGUUAUUGUCAAUGCUUAUUGAACAAACUGUGUCUGUGUUAUUCAGUGUUGAGAUUUCUUUCAUGAAGGAGAUCGUCAUCAUGAAACAGAUCCAUGUUUUACCAGAGGAAUGCAUUCACCAUAAGUUCUGACACUUUCCGUUUUAACUGAUGGGGAAAACAGCUCACCUGAUUUUCCCCCAUACAUUUGGAGAUUUAAGGCUACGAAGGAUUGAAUUUACGUGAAAUGUUCAAGAUUGCUCUGUCAGUGAAAGAAAAGAUUCAGAUCUUUCUCUGUCAGUGAAGGGAUUUGUGAUUGUGAUGGGACCUGCGGAUCUGUCGAUCUGUCUCUGGAAGAAAAUAUAACCAUGAUGGAAUACUUGGGAGUUCUCCAUUGGUGAAA